CUCGUCCUCUCCUGCGGCGCCUGUUUCGGCUGUGCGUAAUAGCGCACCGAUGGAUGCGCCCGCAGAGAUACGCAGUAAAUACAGCGUGCUGUGGAACAGUUGUCAGCUCAGGUGCAUCCAGAUGUGAGUUGGUUUUGCGCAGUUCGUGUGGGUAAUGACGCUCCUCGGCACGGCAGACGGUGGGUCGCGGUUUGGAUGUACGUUCCUGGACUUCUCGUCGUGUCAUGACCGCGCGCCUUUGCGCUUCUCUCCAAAUCGUUCUGCCUGAAGUUAAAGGGAGGAGAAGGCACAAUGAUAGGAAAACACUUUCUCCUCGGGUUCCUGUUGCUCAAACUUAUGGCUCUCGUGUGCAAAGCUGACGGGGAGCCAGGGCUUCUGGGAGGAUUUGUCAUGAUCGCCACCGCCAACGGCUCCAGGGAGGAGGAAAGCGUGUCCGAGGAGACCCCGCACACGGAGGACAAAUGUCGUGGUUACUACGACGUGAUGGGCCAGUGGGACCCGCCGUUCAUCUGCAAGACGGGCAAUUAUCUGUACUGCUGCGGCACCUGUGGCUUUCGCUUCUGCUGUGCCUACAAACACUCGCGUCUGGAUCAGAGCACAUGUAAAAAUUACGACACUCCGGUGUGGCUGAAGACCGGACAGACUCCUUACAACAACAAGAACAAGCUGCGCGACAGCACCAAAGACAAGACCAACUUAAUAGUUUACAUCAUAUGUGGAGUGGUGGCCAUCAUGGCACUGGUGGGGAUUUUCACUAAACUGGGGCUGGAAAAGGCUCACAGACCCCAGAGAGAAAACAUGUCCAGGGCUGUCGCCAGCGUGCUGCAGGGCGGGUGUCCAGGUGAGCAGUAUCGAGGGGAGGAGGGCCUCGGGAUGCACUCGCAGCAUUUUCUGUCCAGGACCACAAACCUGCAUGGUGGUCAGAUCAACAACAACAUGGGACCGGGCUCAAACGUGGGCCAGCAGCACCCUUACCCGGCCAUGAGCCAGCUGGCACACGUCUAUGAACAGCAGCAGCAGCAGCAGCAGCAGCAAUUGCAACAUCAACAACAGCAGCAGCAGCAGCAGCAGCAGCAGAGCAAGGAUCUCAACAAGUACGCCUCCCUGAAGGCUCUUGCCAAGUACAACGGAGAACUUUACAACAAACGGCGUCUGAUGGUGGAGCUGCCAACCAAAGGUGGCCUUCCUCUCCAGCCGAUGGGCAACUCCAGACCCUCCAUGGGCACCAUGUCUUCAGUUACACCUCCAAUGACCACCAAUCCUAUGGUUUCUAACGCUUAACCCACCCUGACACAGAUGACCCCCAUGACCUCUAUGACACCUAUGACCACCCUGACGCCCAUAACCCCUAUGAACUCUCUGGGUCCACUGACUCCAGAGCCGGUGGCCACAUAUGUCACUGAAAUGCCCACCAUCUCUGUUUCCACUCUACCGACAGAGCGGCACAUGGCCGGCGUUGCGGCGGGACUCAAGCCAAAUGGGCAGAAACCUAAAAGCAGCCACGGCCAUGCUGCCCACAGCACUCACAACACUCACAGCACCCACAGUGCUCUCAGUCAUGCUCACAGCUACAGUAGCAAGGUACCAGGACUGGGGGCCACUUCCAUGGUACACAUGACAGGGACCAUGCCAGGUGGCUCGUCUCUGGGCGUGUCCAGAGCUGCUGAGGUCACCAUUGGCUCCAGCUCAGCCACAAUGGGCCGCCAACUGGCGUACAGUUCAAACACCAUGGGAGCUGGGCAUGAUGGCCUGGGCUUGAAGGGCUGGGAUGGGACUGAAACAGUCGGGCGCAGGAAGAGCUACGGGCACAAGAGGCCUCAGUGUACCAUACUGGAUCAGAACCAGCUUCACAGCACCAGACUCCACAGCCAGCAGCACUUCCUACCCACACAGCCCUACUUUGUGACCAACAGCAAGACAGAGGUGACUGUGUGAGCGAGGCUGAGAGCGGGAAGGAUGCAUGUGGAAUGGUGCCGGGCUGGAUUCACCAAUUCCAGGGUGGUUGGGGUGCAGUUAGGUAUGUGUGUUUCUGUAAAGAAAUAAAGGCUUGUCUGUGCUGGUGACCAAUUGUCUCGAAUGGACAAGGACACGGGCUAGUCCUCACUUCACCAUUCAAAUCACUUCUUAGUCAGGUACGAGGACGGCGACUGUAACCACUGCGACAAAGAGCCUAUAGAGUGGGAACGCCUGGCAUAUCGGAGCGCCGUCACACAUCUGAUCCAAAAGGGAAACUGCCAAUGACUCCAAAUGUGAUGCGCAAUAUAAGGGAUCAAGUGUAAUGCUCUGAUGCAUCGAGGCAGAAGAGAACUACAGCAGGAUUUACCCACAGGAGCUGCGACUCUCGCUCCACGGGUUCUGCUUAUCUGCUCAACAAAGCGUUGAAUGGCUCAGAAGAAAUUAAACUCCCUUAUAAUUUACUCCAAAUCCGGCGAGGGCUUGAAACAGACACGUGACAAGGGCAUUGGGCUUUGGACCACAGACAUGCAGGGCUUUGUACUGUGACGAUUCACAAGACGCUCCACAGCUGAAGGUUGUGCUUUUCCGGAAGGCUCGAGCUCAGCGAACGGAGCCUGUGGCACAGGAAUUGUUCUGUUCUGAUUUUGUCUGCUCGGUGACGGCAGCCCCAGAGGGGCGGUGAGGAGGCAAGAAAGCAACAUCUGGGUGAUCCUGCAGUAAGCCGAGGCUCCUCGGAGCAGAUUUACUGUGGGCGCAGACGCAUCCAUAUAAACGCACACGUUCACCAACAUGCACUUGCAAACACGCUUUCCCAUCACGUAUGUGCAGAAACAUACAAAAACAGAUACUGGAUGUGAGGUUUUAGAGUUGAUUUUGGGUUUAGGGCUUUGAAGGGCAUUCGUCACAAUGAAGGAAAAUAAUUUAUAAACCAUUAUUAAAAAGAAAUUUACCGCACGGCCGCAACAGCAGGGCGACGGCCGUGUCAGGCCCCGGGCCACCAUGCGUGAGUUUGUCAAAUGCAUUUAAACUUUAAACAUUUUUAGGGCGGGAUUCAAUAGAUGUCACUGACAGAUUCAACAUAGAACUGUCAAGAAAAACAUGCCAACAUUGAUAAGAAGAGUGAUACGACUCUCAUCCCUACAAAUUUCAGGAAUGGGAAAAUAACCAGAAUAAUGCAUUUCGUGUUACACUGUCACAAUUGUUUCAAGCGCAUAAAAAAAAAAAAGAAGCUGACAGUACAUGAAGGUAAAAUAGUUAUAAGAAGCCUUUUUUCUUUUUACCGUCAAAUGGAUUUUCACCGUUUCAAAUCAAAAAAACGAACACUCUGGAAAGCAUUGAUGGCACCGUGACAUCAUUAAAUACCAGGAAUCGGGGAUACAUUUCUGCCUUUAUGAUCAAAAUAAAUUCCUGAACAUUUUUUUCAGUUACAACAGCAAUGUGGAACACAAAUUAAAUUUGACUCUUGUUUUGACGGCGAGACACUCAAAGUGGAAGUUGCCAAAAUUACUUUUCUUCGAUAACAUCCAUUAAAAACUUUUUAUUUAAAGUUAAAGGAAGAUUAAACUUAAAAAAAAAAAAAAAAAAGUUGGUUCUACUUAUUUUGUUUCAA